CGCUCCUGUCCGGCGGUGGUACUGCAGGUCCAGCAGCGGCCCCGCACUAAAAGCGGGGAUUCUCUCUUUAAUUUCUGCCGGAUCUGUUUGUUUCCGGUCUUGUUUAUAUUUUAUUAUUGUCUCUUUGUUUGUGUUUUUCAUGUCAUAUAGUUUUUAUUUAGUUGCCACGUGAUGUAAGCCACAUGCAAAGCAGGUUUUUCUUUUCCUCUGAAAUGAAAGUGAAAGCAUCUAAAGAGACUGAGUUCAAACUGCACAGAGAAAAGCAAAGAGUGACUAACAUGGGGCUGCUGCUGCUGCUGGGGGCUUUUAUAUGCUGCUUUAUGCUGAAUAGUGUAACCUGCGUCCAUCAGAUCCAAUGGCUGCCCUGUCAGUUUACAGAUGAACAUGUGAGCCUUAAUGCAGAAGGACUUGUUGACACUCAGCUGAUCCACAGAGAAGCCAUGCUGCAGUUUGGUCAGAAAGGAGACGCUCCAGUUAAUCCGCAGGCCAUCACUUUCCUGAUCACAGGAUCCAGGUUGGACCUGCGGAAGUAUCUGGAUGGUGUGGAAACAGAGCAGCUGGAAUGUGAGCUGCGCAGGUACAGCACUGAGGGCAUCCAUGUCCACUGGCCCAGCCAGGAAGCCAAGGACUACAACCGCUGGUUCACCUGCACCAUCAAACAGGACAAGGGCCUGUUCACGGUGACGGGCUUCCUGAGGCACCCGUCCGAUCAGCCCCCCCCCGGUCAGCAGGACUACCGCAGCUGGCCCGCCAUCGCUGACUCUGAAAUCCUCACUACAUCCGUCGCCAUGGUAACCAAAACCCAAACUCCGUCUGUGAAAGCCACCCUGAGCUCCCAGCAGAGGCUCCACUGCCAGUUUGGAAUCGACCACCGUGGAGCUAACGUCACCGUGGAGUGGCACUGGCAGCAGCGCGGAGAGAGGAAGAAACUGUUCAGCCACAGCAGCCGCACACGGCAGAGCCACGGCUCCGGCGUCGGACUGAAGGGCCUGGCGGGGGGGGACGCCACCUACACCCUCCCCUUCACCAAGAUGAGCAGUGAAGGAACAUACAUCUGCUCCGUGGUCGUAAAUCCGCUGCUCGGGAGUCAGGACGUUGUUCUGCAAGUUGAAGAGCCGCCGCGCGUCUCCUUGAACGUCGGACCUGUUCUGUCUCUGUCGGAUGGCGAGGAUCAAAAGAUUGUCUGCGAGGCGGAGAACUACUACCCUCUGGAUGUGGAGAUAAACUGGUACGAGCAGGACCCGGCUGUGGCGGGUCAGCGGGUCGGGGCCCCGCUGCCUAAGAUGAUGCAGAACGUCCUGCUCUCCAGUCACAAGCACAACCAGGACAUGACCUACUCCGUGUCGGCCUUCUUCUACCUGCAGGCCUCCCCAAAGGCUUCAGGGAGGCAGUUCACAUGCAGCGUCUCCCAUAAGUCCCUGAGGCUGCCCAUCAAGAAAAGCUUCAUCCUCAAAGUUCAGGAACCCAGUCUUAUGUGGGUUGGAAUACUAGUGGUCUUCCUGCUUAUUAUUCUGGGUGUGUUGAUCCUUUAUCUGCACUCAGCAAAGAAAAAGCAGAGGAGACUUUACUGAGCCGCUCUGCACCGUGAGGAGAAUCGUCGCCGACCCGGACGUUCUUCCUACUUCCUUUGUUUGCUGUUUUGGAUCAUUUGGGGUUUCUGUGCAUUUGUGUUUUUUAUGUUGCACUGACUUUAAUGUAUUUUUAAAGAUUUGUAGUUUAAUGAUAAGAAUACUUGAUCAAUGAACGGAGACAAAAUUAUAAGUUUAACAGUUGAAUUGGAUUUUUACCUUUGAUGGAUGAUUGGAGCAUUGCUCUCUGCACAUUAAUCACCAUCUGAGUGUGUAAAAUAGAGGAUAUAUU